AGAGAGAGACAUAUAGGGACACAACCAAGACCAAACAUAAUAGGUCUUAGUGCAUUAAAAAAAAAAUGAAUGUCACUGUCACCGGAGAGACUUGAUAUUCAAAUAUAUUCACUAAAAAUGAAAGAGCAUCAGUAUCGGCCGAGAUACGACUCAGGAGGAUCUCAAUGACGUAAGCAGACUGCAAGCAGUGGGGACACCCGCGACAGCAAGGGUAUAGGGAGCGCGAGAUGACUUUGCGAUCGAGGAAAUAAAACUCAAAGCCAUCAUGACACGAAGGAACACAAUUUCUGAAUGUGCCAUGCUAAAGCGUAGCUGGGGUGUGUCGAGGGGAGGGGCUGAAGUUGAUCGCUAAUGCAAGUGUUCAUUUCAAACCUCAUCAGAAAUUAAUUGAAUAUUGAAUUGUCAGACAGUUUAAAAAUAAAAAAUAAAAAUGCUGACAUUGGAAUUGGCCAGUCGACAUAUACCUGCUACAUUUUUACCAGUAGCCACUCUUUCUGGGCGUCCGAAGAGCGUUGUGAAUAAAAUAAGAAUGUCUAUUCAGAUGCGUAUUGCUGAAACUGCGUGACCUCGGUUCGCUAAAUUAUGAGAUCACAUAGGCUAUGAAUGACAUUCACCUAGUCAUCUCGGUGGGGCACUGUAGCCUACUCCAUGCAUUUCUUGCUCCAAAAAAGGAUGUAGUAUAUCGCGGGUCGUGUCGUGAAAAUGUAAAGGUCCUUGAUUUAUAUGCUGUCAAACAGAGAGCACAACCACUGCAGCCCACGAUGGAGGAUGGUGGUAACAACAUUGCAGCAUGCUGAAGGAAUGAUGCAAAGCGGCGGAAAUGUCUUCAAAGGUCCUGAAUAAAUGGUUUGGGAGGCGGCUCUCUCAGGCCCGAGAGUACAUCAUGUAUCACAAAUCCCGACUGAAGCCGGUGCCCACUGAAGACUGUGACAUCGUCAUGACAUUCCCAGAUGACAUAGAUGACCAUACUUUGUUAUGGCUUCUCAACCAAAUUAGACUGGGACUCCCACAAAUCAUCGUUCACAUAAGACACCAUAAACAUAUUCGGGGCUUUGCUUUCUUCAUUACCACCACUUUUGAGAACUUGUUAAGAGGGGCAGAGCAAAUAGGGAUGCCCAAACAGGUCAAAUCCCAAUAUGGAGGUGGGACACGGCGAUUUUCAUGUGAAGAGGACACUAUCUAUGAAAACAUAGAGAGUGAGCUAUGUUUUUUCACAUCACAGGAACGCCAGACUAUCAUUAAGUAUUGGCUGGACAAUCUCCGAGCCAGACAAGGGGAUGUCCUUCACAACAUUCACUUCCUGGAAGGCCAGCCAAUAAUACCAGAGCUGAACGCAAGAGGUGUAAUCCUUCAGAUGUUCCCUCUACAUGAACCGCGGAUUCUCAGCCAACUUAUUACCUCCUGGGUUCAGGCUGUCUGUGAGAGACAACCCCUUGAUGACAUCUGUGGUUAUUUUGGGGUUAAGAUUGCCAUGUACUUUGCCUGGUUGGGGUUCUACACCAGCUCCAUGCUCUAUCCUGCGGUUAUUGGCUUACUGCUGUGGAUGCUCUCAGAAGCAGAUCAGAAAAGCCAAGACAUCUGCUGUGUCGUAUUUGCCCUCUUCAAUGUCAUAUGGGCGACACUCUUCCUGGAACGAUGGAAGAGAAGAGAAGCAGAGCUGGCAUUUCAAUGGGGGACUCUUGACACCCCGGCAGAGUCCAUUGAGGAGCCCCGACCACAGUUUCGAGGCGUGAAGCGCUAUAGUCCCGUGACUGGGUGUGAGGAGCUCUAUCACCCUCCCUGGAAGAGAAAUGUGUUCCGGUGGCUGGUCAGCCUCCCCGUCUGUCUCCUCUGUCUGUGCUUUGUGUUCUUGGCCAUGUUUAUCUGCCUCGAGCUUCAGGAGUUCGUAACGGAAAUGAAAGAGCUACCCGCCAUCAGUAGAUUCUUUCCCAAAAUCUUACUUGCUGUAACAGUAACCACGUGUGAUGAAGUAUACAAGAAGAUAGCCCUUUGGCUUAAUGACAUGGAAAAUUACAAACUGCAGAGUGCCUAUGAGAAUAAUCUCAUUAUCAAACUCGUCUUUUUUCAGUUCAUAAACUCAUACCUAAGCCUAUUCUACAUUGGGUUCUACCUCAAAGAUAUGGAACGGCUAAAAGAGAUGCUGGCCACUCUCUUAAUUAUCCGUCAGUUCCUGCAAAAUAUUAAGGAGGUGCUACAACCCUACCUGUAUGAACACCAAAAAUUAGGUGAAUUCACUUUAAGGACCCUGUGGGAGGUCCUGCAGACCUCCGUUUUCAAAUAUGGACGUGCAGUUUUAAGGAAGGCAUGGUGGACCGGUGAGGCUCUGGAUGAAAAGAAGAAGAAGAAGGCAGAUGCGUCUGGGAAGCCUGAGAGGAUGGAGAGGAAAAAUCUUCUGGCUGGAUACAGAAACACACAGGCUGAGGAAGAUGACGAUGAGAAUAUCCUCAAACAGAGGAAGGUCAGCUUCACCAAGAAGGCGGUGGUCAAACACAGAACCCCUGUCGUGAAGGCUGGGCGUAGCUUCCUGGACGAUGGCAGUCCCACCCUUGUUGAGGAAGGAGCAGACCCUGACUCCAUUUUUGACUCCAUCUGUUACAGUGAUUCUGACACAGACUCUUCGGAGGUCAGCAAGGAUGCCCCAGGUAAUUCUAACCCUGUAUCUACGUCAUCUGGGUCAAAAGACAAUGUUGUUCUCCCUCUGAGACAAAAAGCAACUGGCGCUUCAGAAACAGAAAGCAAGAAAAUAUCCUGGAUGGUCCCACCAGAUAAAACUGAAUCUACCACCCUGACCCAACCAGAGAUUGAGAGCUGCAUGCUGACGUAUGAGCAGGACACCCUUCAGGAUUACCAGGAGAUGUUCAUCCAGUUUGGAUACGUUGUCCUGUUUUCCUCUGCAUUUCCCUUGGCAGCCUUGUGUGCUCUUAUCAACAACAUCAUUGAGAUCCGCAGUGAUGCUCUGAAGCUCUGCACUGGUCUGCAGAGGCCUUUCAGCCAGAGAGUGGAAAACAUUGGCCAGUGGCAGACAGCAAUGGAAGCAAUGGGUCUGAUUGCCAUUAUAGUUAACUGCUACCUGAUUAGCCAGUGUGGUCAGAUCCAGAGGCUGUUCCCUUGGCUGAGCCCUGAAAUGACCAUCAUCUCCAUCGUUAUACUAGAGCACUUUGCCAUUCUCCUCAAGUAUGUCAUUCAUAUGGCCAUACCUGAUAUACCUGGCUGGGUUGCAGACGAGAUGGCCAAACUCGAAUACAAGCGUCGGGAGGCUUUGAAGCGACAUGAGCGUCAGGCUCAACAGCAGUACCAGCUGCAGCUGAGGAAGAAGAGAGAGGAAGAGGAGCUGAAAAGGGCCGAACAACAAGCCCGGCAGGAAUGGGACCAAGAGAAGGCCGGGACUCCAGAAUCCCCUGCAGGCGAAGACCCCCAGCAUGACAGAGGGCUAGGAGUAGGGAAGCCUGGUGGGGACAAACCUAAGAGACCCAGUUCACUGUUGACCAGUAAUAAUGUAAUGAAGCUGAAGCAGAUGAUGACGCCCGGCUCUUCUCCCACAGGCAGUGAACCCAAACUCCCAGGAUUCCUCAACUUCAAAUUCCUCAAAACUCCCGAGAUGAAGAAAGACCCUGCAGCUGCCGUUUCCACGGUUGCAGCAGCCUCUUCCAAUCAGGAAAAAUCACAGUCUCCAAGCAAGUCCUUCAACCCAGGGAAGCUUUUCCAUUUUACCAAGUCUGACGGGACAGAUCAGCAUUCUAAAGCAGUGGACAGCAUAAAGACCACCAGUGUGCAACAAUCACACAACCAGAAUAUAACACCAGAGCAGCCGCCCUCCCAGGAGGAAGAUGCUGAAGCGUUCACAGAUUCAGAUACCAGCCCUUCCAAAAAACUGUGAAAAUUAGAGUCCUCAUAUAGCUAUGUAUGUCUAGCAGCAAUAUAUACGCAGUGGCAACACUGUAGUGCCAACCGAUACCUUAGAAUGUUAGCUUGCUUGAACAAGGCAUGAAGAAUUCAAUGUAAAACUAUAAACGUAUGUAUAAUUGCAUGGCACAGAACUGUUAAAUACGCACAGAACACUGCAGUUGAUCAUCUCAGUGUUGAUCACCAACACAUUCCAUAUUUUUUUGUGCAAAUUAUUGAAAAUAUUCCAUGAAAUAUGUAUGCUGUACAUUUUUUGAUGAAUAUAGUUUAAAGACAUUCUAUUUUUCACUGAUGUUUUUUUAUUUACAAUGAUCAAAAUAAAAAAUACAAACU